GCCGGAGAUUGGUGGCCGGAGAGGAGAAGAAUUGAAGGACGAGAAAUGGGAGACGGAAGGGAAGGAGAUUGGGAGUGUUUAGGUUGCAGUAACAGGAACUACGCGUUUCGAUCAUUCUGCAACAGAUGCAAGCAGCCUCGUCUUUUCAUGGAUAACAAUACCUCUCACAACUCCAAGUGGCUUCCUCGUAUCGGUGAUUGGAUCUGCACUGGUUGCACUAACAACAAUUAUGCAUCACGAGAAAAGUGCAAAAAAUGCGGACAACCAAAGGAAGUAGCAGCUUUGUCUUCAUCACUCGCUUCCCUUCAGACCCAUCUCAGUUACUUCACCAGUCGACCUGAUCCACUCGAUCAACUUGGUUCUCUACUCCCUUUCUCUAACCCUGCUUCGGCUCUUAAAGAAUGGAGGAGCGGUGAUUGGAUCUGCAGAUGUGGGUUUCACAACUAUUCCUCUCGUAUACAGUGCAAAAAGUGCAAUGAAACAGCUCCACUAGCUCUUGGAACCAAGAGAUUAGCAUCAGAAGUUUUGGCUCAUGAGUGGGAUACCAAACGAUUGAAUCAAGGAUAUACAAACAUGCAACCACAGUCAUCGUUAUAUGCAUCUUUUCCUGGUAUAAGCUCAGGCAGUAUCUCAAACUGGCAACUCCCUCUCCCGUUUCUACAGCAACAGUUGUUAACACCUGCUUUACUUGGAAAGGGAGCAAAACAAUGGCGUGAUGGAGACUGGAUGUGCACAAAUUGCAAGAAUCACAAUUAUGCAUCCCGAUCAGAGUGCAAUAGAUUUAUUUCGGUGUUCAUUUCAGAUGCAAGACUAAGCGAGAAAUCAUUGAACAGACCAUAACUCCAGUACAGACUUAAAGAAUCAAGAAGAGUGUUCUUGACUGUCAUACAAAACACUGUAUCUCAAUCUUGUUUGAUUGACAUGAAUAUAAAGAAGCCUUCAAAAUGUUAUUGAAACAGAGAAAAGCUAAAAGCUUGGUUAGCCCUUCAAGAUGUUUUUAGGAUCAAGAGGAGGUGUAUCAAGCUGAUAAAGAUUCAAAGCCGGUCCAACAAACCGGAAAAGAAUCCAACCUCCAAUCACAAUGUAGAUUGAAGCGUAAGCCAAUUUGUUGAGCCAAAACAACAGACCUUUCUCUCCCACAUAAAGCUCCAACGCUUUCUCAUUCAACGUCAUCUCUUCCCAUGGCUUCUGAACCUUUUUCUCUGCUUUCUUCCCGCUUUGCCCUCCUUCACCUGAACUUUCUUCCCUCAUUCUCCUUCUUGACCCUCGUUUGAACCUUAUCUCCACUCCUCCAUCCAACGGCUGAGAGACCUUCUCUUCACCGCCACUGUUAGAACAACAGUUUAUCGAAAGAGAUGGUCUUUCUUGACGACGCAACACGAACUGGGUUUGUGUUAUUGUUUGUUGCUUCAGAUUGAUGAUAGUUGGUUUAGCCAAACCGGGAGCUGAGAAGUGAAGAGUUUUCAUUCUUGUUUGGGGUAUAGUUCAAACUUGAAAGAAAGAAUCUGAAGCCAGCCAUGUAUGUAGGUAGUAACUAAGAAGAUAAAGCUCUAUCAUCGUCGACCAUUCCUUUGACCCACUUACUUCUCGACACGUAGCAACCC